AUGGAUCAGUUUUUGGUUGUCCUGAAUGCAUUCGCUUCAUUUUCUUCCGCAACAGCCGCAAUAAUUUCCACUGCAAACCCUGCAUCCCUGUCUGGCUCACCUCUCGUUACCACUGGCGAGCACUUUUAUCAGCGCAUGUAUGCGGUGCGCGCUGUACCAUUGGAAUUACUUACCGGAAUUCUCCCGCUCUGUCUUGGUGGUCCAGCAGUAGCUUCUGUCGUCGCUGCCGCUGUAUUUGUUCAAGGAGUGGAUGUGAUAAUUGGUAUUGGCAGAAAUGAUGUAGGGAUGGCUUUAGGAGCUUCGUUUGCUACAGCGGCCCAUGUAUUAUACUUCUUUUCCAUGCCCUCACUCAAAGUUCACAGAUAG